CUCUCUCCACUCCCCCUGUUAUACUCUCUACAGUUCACUACUUUAGCAGCCACUACUUCUCCAGCAGCGCACGUGGAGAGAGAAUACUACUACUGCAGCAGCUGCCGUCCCACGCGCGCCUCAGCACCCGCUUUAUGACUACUUUUAUCCUGCUACGGCUCGAGCCCAGAUGCUGCACGCAGCGGCACGUUGCAUGCAUAUUUUUCAGAGCCCCUCGCGCGGAAAGAAGGAGCAGUUCGUUUCAGCCUCGCGGAGAAUGAGUCCCGCAUAACUCCUGGUAUUGUUGUUAUCUACCCCCCCUCCUCUCUCUCUCUGUCUCUCUCUCUUUCUCUUUCUCCCCCGUCCCGCGCUCUCCUAGUUGAGUCCCUGUACAGAAGUUAUGGUAGAUAAAGGCCCCUUGUUGACCUCUGCCAUUAUUUUUUACCUGUCCAUUGGGGCAGCAAUUUUUCAAGUCCUGGAGGAGCCCAACUGGAAGGACGCUGCACAGAAGUAUAGUGACAAGAAGGGCAAAAUACUGGAGAGCUAUCCCUGUCUCACCAAAGAUGAUUUGGACAAAAUAUUAGAGGCAGUGUCUGAAGCUGCAGGCCAAGGGGUCACUAUAACUGGCAGCAAGACCUUCAACAACUGGAACUGGCCAAAUGCUGUUAUCUUCGCCGCCACCGUUAUCACCACUAUCGGAUAUGGGAACAUUGCACCUAAAACGUCAGCAGGCCGUGUAUUCUGCAUCUUCUACGGGCUGUUUGGCGUGCCUUUAUGUCUUACCUGGAUCAGUGAGCUAGGAAAGUUCUUCGGUGGCAGAGCCAAGCACCUGGGCCAGUAUCUAACAAAGAAAGGAGUUUCACUGAGAAAGGCUCAAUUUACCUGCACAGCUAUAUUUCUCCUCUGGGGUGUGCUGGUCCAUUUAGUCCUUCCACCUUUUGUAUUUAUGUCCCAAGAAGGUUGGACAUAUAUUGAAGGCUUGUACUUCUCGUUUGUCACCUUGACCACGAUUGGUUUUGGGGACUUGGUAGCAGGUGUGGAACCAAAUAAAGAAUACCCAACUCUGUACCGUUACUUCGUGGAAGUGUGGAUUUAUCUGGGGUUGGCCUGGCUUUCUUUGUUCUUCAACUGGAAAGUGAGGAUGGUGAUCGAGGCCCACAAGGCCUUGAAGAAACGCCGCAAGCUGCGCAAGUUAUCUCUCGAUGAGCUCCGGCACUACAAAGAGUCUCACAAGGCAGCCCUUCGUUUGCCGCCCUCUCCGAACGACGUCAACAUCUUCAGCUUCCUGUCAAAGAAGCAGGAAGGCUACAAUGACUUGAUCAAGCAGAUUGGCACAAAAAGAGAUGGCAGAAUCAACGGCGGUAGUGCCAACAACGCCAUCAAUAAAUCCAAAGACAUGGGUCGUUCAAAGAGUUGCAAUGACGCUCCCAUGGUUAAUGGUCACACCAUCCUUAGUUUGGACCGUUCGCCACGCCAAAAGAGACGCUAUAGCUUCAGUGACCGCGUCACUGUUGCUUUUUCAAAGUCCAAGAACUACCUCAUGGGCUCCGACAACGGUUUGCUGCUACCGGAGGACCAAGUAGAGGGCGACCUAGAUCUCGACCAGGGCCAAAUGUAUGAGAACCAGCUUGACAAGGACGUUGAGCUAGAGAACGGAGGGGUGGGAGAUUGUGGAGCAGGUGGUCGAAGGACGUGGGACUCUAGGGAGUACCAUCCCCUGACGUUCCAGAAUGCAAACAUUACUUUUAUAGAUGAGGAGAACUUUCUCAGCAAUAACUUAGAGGAGGAGGAGAACGACGAUGACGAUGAUGAUGACGAUUCUAAAGCAAAACUAUCAAUUACUACAUGCGAUGAAAACAUUGAAACAAACUCCAAGGAGGAGCAGAGUUCUGAAUCUGAAGGGUCUGUGUUCACUAGUGACGGUUCAGAACACAGCCACUCCUACGAGAAACUUGUAGAGGAAUACGCAAAGGAAGAAAACACAGAAUCGUGAGUUAUCACAGAGAUCUUGAACUAUGUAAAGUCAACACGUCUUCCUGGUCCUUCCUGUUGAAUCGGUUGGCGUUGAAGUAUUCUAAUGUGAAUAUCAGAAGUCCCAUUGCACUUUUUGGGGUCUCAUAAUGAAAGACUGCAAAAGCCAAGAUCAAAUUUCUAUGAAAUGAAUGUUCUGUUCAUAGCUGAGAAAUGAAAAACCCACAUCAUGUUGACCAAGUUGAGCUUCUCAUAAACUCUUGAACAAACAUCUUGAUGAAUAUGGACUACAGAGCAUGACAUGUAACCCCAUGAGUAUUUAACAUCUGCUCGAUUUAUGCCUUUUUUUUAUAUGGUUUGAGAAACUAUAUGCCACACAUUUAUUGCAAUGUCCAAACCAAGAACUAUUUACCAUGAGUGCCUUUUUUUCUACUCAUUGGCUGUUAAGAAAUGAUAUGUGGAAAUGUAUUUGAUUCCCCAUAGUUUCUGCUAUGCAUAUUCACCAUAUUGGUGUUUUUAUAAUAUUUAUUAAAAAUGAAGGACGUAGUAGCUUUUAUUCAAUGGCUACAUGGGUUUAUAUGUCUCCCAUUGCACAAUUCCACCGAAUGAGAACAGUUCAAAGUCCAUUUCAGUGCAGACUGUCUUUUAAAAACCUGAGCCAAACGUUUGUCCUUAAAGGAAAUGAAGGGGGUUAAGGGCCAAUUCUCCUUCUUUUUUUUUCUUUGGUAUUUCACUUGUUUCUUUUUUUGAAGUCCUUGAUAACUUGUUUUGCUUGAGAUUUCUGUUUAUUUUGACUGUAAGCAAUAGAAUUGUGACUGCACUAGAGGUAAUCAGUGACGCAUAGCAACGUCUGGGUGUCUAGAACCAACUGAGAGUAAACUUGGAAUGGAAAAUCAUUAAUUUUAUGAAAAGAGAAGAUGGGAAGUCUGGAUAUCUUGCCAGAGUGAUACUCUAAACUAAGAUUUGUUUGCCUUUUUUUUUUCUUCCUAACUUUUUUUGACCACUGUAGAAAAAAAAAAAAUCUUUAGAAAUUGUGACAAAAUGUACAGAAGACGCCUCUCAGGAUACCCUCAAAUUGGUUUUAGUGAACACACUAUUGUUGCUUUGCUGCGGGGCAAUCUACCACGGCAGUGCAUGACGGGAGCGAAACUUCUACAGCAGCAAUAUUCUGACUUUUUGUCUCUUUAGCACCCUUUCACUUCAUUGUAUUUGCCAUGUAAAUAUUGGCUGAAAGCCCAUCAGUAGCCACAAACACAGCUCUGCUCAGGACAUGCCAUGGCCUUGCUGCUCGUGUUUGCCUUUGGGGGCUCGCGCUCGCCUGAAAGACUGAAGUGCCGCUUCUGACGAGGUUAACCGCAGGUUAAAUUGUAACCGAUCAAUGCUCUCGUGACGUACGUUCCAGUCGUGAGAUGCAAAGUCAGCAGUAUCGGUGCUCUCAAUUACUGUAUAGUAUUUCCACCUUGUUUCAUGUGAACACAAAAACCGUAAACUCGAGGGACCAAAAUUAUAAUGUCCAUUGCUUUUCACUGUCUCUCCCUUUUGAACGGGCCCCUUAGUCGCCCUGCUAACCCACUGCCUUUUGCACACGUAAACUUGCACACAAAAACUUGAAACAGUGUUACAGUGAAUAGUAAGAUGGCAGUGUCGCCCUACGCUACUUUGAAUUUAGAACUCCCCGUUCAAGCCAGUUGGAUAAUAUACUGUAAAUAUAGUCCAAUAUUUGUAAUUUUUUUUGUGAACACACCAUCUUAACUCUUAACUUUGCCUUACAGAUGACUUAAAUGCCUUAAAUCCACUGCAAGCAGGGGGAUGUACAGUACAAUGUAACAUCUGUUGAAUGUACUUAAAACCGAUUCACUGAAAAGAUUACAUCUUUCACACUGGGUGUUUUUAUUUUUUCCCCUCUUUGUAUUUCGUCAUAGGGUCUUAAGUCUGUGUGAACAUUCCCUUCUCUUUCUCGCAUUCUCACUGAUUUCCCUUGAUGUGCUGGUACAGCAUUGUUAUGCAGCCAUGGUACUUGUCUGGACUGAAUUUCAAGCUUGUCUCUAGAUGAACUAAGAACAGGCUAGGCUGGUUUAACCCAUUGUCCCAAGCUUUUCUCUUGAUGUUGCUCCAUUGUGUAAAAACUCCAGUGUAGAGUUGUGUUGUUGUUAGUUGUCUUUUUUUAUGAUUAAAUUA